GAAAAAUAAACGUUAGUCUCACAGUGUUUGGAUCUUUCGACGUAGCAACAAGACAGCUUAAAUAUCUCGUUGACAAUAUGGCUUCAAAUCAAGAAAACUCUGGCGAGGGGCCACUCCUGCAUUUGCAAUGUUCAGACGGAGUCGUUCUUGACGUGGAGUUAGCAAUCGCUAAGCGCUCAUAUAUGAUAAAAACAAUGAUUGAAAGUUUAGGCGAAGAUGAAUUGGAUGAAGUUCUUCCUCUAAUGAAAAUUAAGUCUGAUACUCUGAAAAAGGUUAUUGAAUUCGCUACUCAUCAUAAAAAUGAUCCCAUACCAAAAGGAGAUGGCACGGAUGAAAAACCUCAAAUGACAGAA